AUGAACAUUCCUGACAAAAAAACUGAGCAACUGCGUUUUAAAUAUUUCUUCAAACUUUUCAUCGAAGUUUUACUGAACGGCAGUUUUUCUAAUUUAUCUCCAAUUGAAUCGAGAAUGUUAAGGAAUUCUAUUGAAUUUUCAGUAGCAGAAAACACACCACAAGUAUUGAUGAACAAUGCAAACACGAUAACAACUACUUCAACAAUGUAA